UCAACAAAGAUUAGCCAAUCAUUGGCCAUCUCAUAUGCACGGGUCGUUCGGCCGAUUAAAGCCGGAGAUUGCCGAGUGAGAGACGUAAGGGAAACAAAGCGUUUAAGCCAGGGGGUGUGGCCAGAGAAACAGAUAGGCAACCGAUCCGUUUGAAAUCAUUACUCAGUUACAUUUGCGUCCGUAUUUCAUGUAGCAGACAGUGAAAUCUCCAUACAGCAGACAGUAUAUAAUUCAUCGUGGAGCACUAUCAUAUUCCAAAGUGGGACCAGCCCGCUAAUUUAGCAGGCAUGAUGGACCCAUACACUUACUCGGUAUUCCGACCUGAUAGCGGAGCCGUGAGACCCUUUCCAAAUCACGUCACAAUGUUACAUGACCAGACGAGUGUGGGAUCCCCCAGUUCCAGUUCAGCCAUGCUACCCUCCUUUGGAUUUACACAGGAACAAGUAGCGUGUGUGUGUGAAGUUCUCCAACAAGGUGGAAAUAUAGACCGACUGGCCCGCUUUCUGUGGUCAUUACCGGCUUGUGAACAUUUACACAAAAAUGAAAGCGUGUUGAAGGCCAAGUGUGUUGUGGCAUUUCACAGGGGCAAUUUCAAAGAACUCUACAAAAUAAUGGAAAAUAACCAGUUCUCCACUCAUAAUCACCCCAAACUACAGGCGCUCUGGCUGAAAGCUCACUACAUAGAGGCGGAAAAACUUCGUGGUCGCCCCUUGGGUGCCGUGGGAAAGUACCGAAUAAGAAGAAAGUUUCCUUUACCAAGGACAAUAUGGGAUGGUGAGGAGACGAGUUACUGCUUCAGAGAAAAAUCCAGAACACAUUUAAGGGAGUGGUAUACUCACAACCCGUACCCGUCACCCCGGGAAAAGCGUGAAUUAUCGGAGGUUACGGGGCUAACGACCACACAAGUUAGUAACUGGUUUAAAAACAGACGACAACGAGAUCGAGCGGCUGAUGGUAAAGACAGAGAUUCAAGAGAUCCUAAUAAUAUGAACAAACUGCCCGAUUCACCCCCAGACGGAACUAUCAAAGAAGAAAGAAGUCCCGAUUCUAUUCACGGUCAGACGAAACUUGAUGCCUCCUCUCCUAGUGCUGUUUACACCAAUUUAGAGAAGGCCUCGGCCCUCCCGUCGUCAGGAUACAACAUGUUACAGACGGGUCACCCAAUAGUGAGUGGCGGGGGACUGGGGCUAAACGGACACGCAGGCUCACAUGACGUAAAUCAAAUGUUAGCCGACUAUCAGCCGUUAUGAUAUGUAUAAAAUGACAUAACUUUAUUGAAAAAAUAAUGAACGAAACCAAAGGAAUACUAAUAUAAUCUUUAAAGAUGUGUAAUGGUGCUUUUUGACUUCGACAUUUGGUCCCUAAAAUAAUUUGUCGUCGAUCCUAGCCCUACUACGUAACGAAACGUGAGGCCUACGUCACGGCGGUCAUGACAUAUUUGGCUGUACAGAGAAAAAAGGAAGAAAGGUUGGGAUAGUCAUAAAUUGAGAAUGAAACUCGGUUAAAUAUCAGAACAGACAUAAGCAAAAAGAGCCUCAGAAGUGGAUAUAAAUAUUAACUCAGAUUCGUGGAUGGAUAAAUGUUUUAUGUGUGGUUUUGUGUAGACUUAAACGUACUUGGAACUUCUUUAUUCAUAACAUUAGUUUGUACACCAUACAUUUUUACCAUCGGACAUAUUGAAUAUUAGCAUAAUAUACAUUACGUGCUAUUGUAUAGCAUAAUAACGUUUAUAGAGCUUAAUCAAUACCAGAUGGUAUUGAAUAAUAUAUUAUAUAGAUAAGUAUAGAGAGUGAAUAAUGAACAUUAUAUCUGUUAAACAGGUGAAAAAGAAACAAUAUUAUGUAUUGAAGGACAAUAGAUUGAACUUUAAAAUUAACAAAUUACACACCGUUGAUGUUGUGGUAUUGUUUAUUUUUCUUUGUUUCUUUUUUUCUUUAAAAUUUAAUCAAAAAUUUAUAAUAUAUUUCAAGCCUUGGUCUCUGUACAUAUUUUAAUAGUUUUAAAUUGCGUAAAUAUCAAUUUAAAAGACUUGUGACAAUUCCCAUAGCCUUUAAUAAGAGUACAAUUUAUUUGAACAGAUUUAUUCAUUAUAAUAAGUGUGUUGAUUUUCAGACAAUUUGACCGUAGUCCCAUAAAUCAAUGUCAACAAACCAUUUCUUCAUUUAUUAUGUCCCCUACAUCAUAAUAAUUAUUACUUUUUAUUAUAUUAUUAUUAUAGCAUAAUAUUAUUGUUUGUUAUGAAAUUCUGCCAUUGCGUAUGAGAUUAUUAUCAUUAUUAAUUAUUAAUAUUAAUGCUGAAAGCAUAUUUUAAUGAUUCUUUAUAUUAUUUUUUUUUCUUUAUUUUUUUGUGCAUUGCCUCAAAUGUUAUUCCAUAUCAUGUCAGAACCAAACUUUAAUGCAUCUCAUUGUCGCCCAAAGAUAGCAUAAUAAUGUCAUAAAAUAGACUGAAACUACAAUAAUAUGUGUUUGUCUUUUCUCAGCCUUUGGAUGAGGUCUUGUGCUAGAAAAUCUAUUUUAUCAAUAAUGUGUAUAUUGACCAAAGGAAAUAU